GAUUGGAAUGGAGGUUGUGAUAGUGGAGUGAUGUUUAUGUUUUGGAGUUGGAGUUUUGGUUGUAAUUUCUGAAUUUAUUGAUCAUAUUUGAACAUGGAUAAUGAAAAUUCUGUAAUAUAUGGCCUAGAAUUUCAGGCUAGAGCUCUGGCACCUCAACUAGCAGAAAUAGAAAAAAUUAAAUUUUUGAUUGGGACCCAGUCUUUGAAACAGGCCAACAAUCAAAUUCAUGUAAUAGAAUUCCAUGAGGAAACGUCCAUUGUAGAAACAUCAGUAUUUUAUCAUUCUGAAGGAGAAAUCUGGAAAAUCAACACUAGUCCUACAGAUCCACUCAAAUUGGCCACAUGCUACAAUUCUGUUACAGGUGAAAGCAGCUGUUCCAUGAAAACUGCUAUCCUGACACUGCCUGAAAUUGAAAGUAGUGACACCAUAGAAAAUUUGGAAAUUGUCACCAAACUAGACACAAGCAUUUUUGGAAGUGAUGUUAAAACCACAGACUUCCACCCAACUGAAACAAACACAGCUGUAUCUUUGACAGAUACUCAGCUGAUUCUUUGGGACAUUUCUGGAAGUGAGGGAAAGAACAUUUUGAAUAUUCCCCUGGAGGGUAAAAAUAGUCCCAAGUUCACUAAUGGCAAGUGGAAUCCACAUCAGAAUUGUAGUCAGUUUACAACUGCAACUGAGACCCACUUGAAAUCCUAUGAUAUUCGGUCAGGUGAUUUAGCAUGGAGCAUAGACAAUGCUCACAAUCAGUUAGUAAGAGAUAUUGAUUACAAUAUGAAUAAACAAUAUCACCUUGCAACUUGUGGGGAUGAUGCAUUUCUUAAAAUAUGGGAUUUUAGGCAACCCAGUAUGCCAGUGUUCUCUAGAAGUGAUCAUUCACAUUGGAUAUGGUGUGUGAGAUUCAAUCAUUUCCAUGAUCAGUUGGUUCUCACAGCCAGUUCUGAUGCCAGAGUUUUAUUGACUAGUACAGCUAGUGUCAGUUCUGAAAAUAUUCUUGAAACUUGUGCUAGUGAGGAUAAUGAAGAAUUAGAAACCAAACAAAAAUUGAAAGAUGGACCUUUACAAUGGUGUGAACAUGAAGAUAGUGUUUAUUGUGCUGAAUGGACUCCAGCUGAUCCUUGGGUUUUUGCAUCCCUGAGUUAUGAUGGCAGACUGCUGAUAUCACAUGUUAAAAAGUCUUUGAAAUAUCAAAUAAUGCUGUGAUUGCUUUUUUUAUAUGAUGUGGAAGGUAGGUAUAUUCCCAAUUUCUAAUUAUAUUUAUUGAUAAUGAAUAGGUAUGCAUACCAAUAAAGUAUGAAAAUAUAAU